AUCGUCUCACUGACAUGGAGUAGAUGGAAAUGGCGAUGGAGAUGGCGAUGGAGGAGGAUCCCCUUCCCCUUCGACAACAACAAGAAGAAGAAGAAGAAGAAGAAGCCGCCCUCCUGCUGGGCAUGGGCGCUUACUCCGGCCCUGUCCGCCCGGUGGGCGCGUCCGGCUCCGGCGAGACGAUGCUGCUCUGGGCCCUCGGCCAGCCGGCGUCGCAGCGCCACAACGCCUUCGUCCGCCACGCCGCGCACUCCUUCACCCUCGACGCCUGCGCCCGCCGUCUCUCCCUACUCCAGUCCCCCUCCUCCAUGGCCACGCCCGGCGUCACCGGCGCCGUCGUCUGGGACAGCGCCGUCGUCCUCGCCAAGUUCCUCGAGCACGCCGUCGACUCCGCCCGCCUUGCCCUGCGUGGCGCCAGGGCGGUUGAGCUGGGAGCGGGAUGCGGCCUCGCGGGCUGCGUCGCGGCCCUUCUCGGAGCCCACGUGCUGCUCACCGACCUCCCUGACCGCCUCAAGCUGCUCAGGAAGAACGUCCACCUCAACGUCGGGGAGGACGCCAGGGGCUCUGCUCGGGUCAUCGACCUCAUCUGGGGUCACGACCCACACCCGGAUUUGCUCGACCCACCAUUGCACUUCGUGCUUGGGUCGGACGUCAUCUACAGCGAGGAGGCAGUGGAUGAUCUGCUCAUCACCCUGAAGCAGCUUUCAGGGCCACACACCACCAUCAUCCUCGCAGGAGAACUCCGCAAUGAUGUUGUACUGGAGUGCUUCUUGGACGCAGCAAUGGAGGACUUCCAAGUCGGCUGCAUCGAGCAAGAACAGUGGCACCCCGAUUUCCGCACUAGACGUGUUGCAUUGUUCAUCUUGGUCAAGAAAAGACCCCUUGCUUUACAACCAGACCAUCUCUAGCCUUCUCUACUCCACUUUAUGUCUAGUAUUCCAGCGCUUGGUUUGGAAUUUUGUUUUAGACCUUUUGUAUUCCAUUCUCAUGCAUGGAAUUAUGGCUGAAAGGUUAUAUCGAAUUUCCAGACCAUAUUGCCUAUCGUUUUUUUCUCUGUUACCCCAAUCAUGCAUGCAUUAUGCAGAAAUGAAAACAGAAGUGGUAGAGAGCUAAGAGUUUAUUCUAACUGUUUAAUCGGUUUAUGUUUUUAUAUAGAAUUUUGGGGAGAGAAAGUCAUAUAAUUUCGACAACCAUCUUGAAAAUUGAUCGAUCGUGGUCAACUAGCAACAUCCUGAAAAUGAUCCAUCUUCCACAUGGACUUUUCUGAUGAUUAUGAUCUUCUUGGUCAGUGGUGGGAGCAAGAGGAGUCCGACCAUGAUGGCUACUACAUUGCAGCUGCUCUUUUUACGCACAUGGAGCAUGAGUACCAAAAAAAAGCACUGUGGUUCAGGAUGUUGAGGGAGCUCUUCUUGCACAUAGUGGCUAGUGUGGAGGCUCAUGAUGACAACUUUAGGUAUAGACCAGAUGCUACUGGCCUUCUCGGUGCACCUGCAGUGCAGAAGGUAGUAGAUGCAUUCCACAUGCUUGCAUAUGAUGUUCCAGCCUAUAGUCUUGAUGAACUCGUGAGGAUUUCAGAGAGCACAAUGACAGAAGCUUUCAAGCACUUUGUCAAGGCUGUGGUUGAAUGUGUUUGGUGAUCAGUACUUGAGGGCACCAACUGCUGAUGACAUUGUAAGACUGAUGGCUAUCAGCACUCCAAGGGGGUUUCCAGGAAUGCUAGACUGCAUUGACUGUGUGCAUUGGAGAUGAAAGAAUUGUCCAACAGGUUGGAAAGGGCAAUAGUCAUGGCAUGUGGAAGGGCUAACUAUGAUUCUUGGAGCCAUUGCAUCCAAGGAUUUAUGGAUUUGGAAUUCUUUCUUUGGAAUACCAGGUUCUCUCAACGAUAUGAAUGUUCUAUAAUCACCACUCUUUUUACAGGCUUACUUCAGGGAUAGUUCCAUAGUUGUAAUUCAGGGUGAAUGGUAAGAAUUACAUCCUGAGUUAUUAUCUUGCUAUGGCAUAUACCUUUCUUGGGCCACUUGUAUGAAGACCAUUUCUAAUCUACAAGUUAAGAGGAGAGUCCAUUUCGCAGAA